GGGGGAUGUGUUUUCUUGGUCUUGGAUCGUCAGAGUGACAGCAGAAUGUUCCAUUUAUUCUAUGGUUCUUCCCGCAGAUCGCUUUGUCUUCAGUCUUUCAAGAAAAGAUCAAACACCAAGAAAAGUCAUCCUCUCAGUAACAAGCACCAGCGUGUCUCUCUCUACUCUGAAGUCCCCAACCCACUGAAUUCCUUUCUGAUCUGAACGAGGACACAUACAUUUUACACGUCACAUUUCAGCAACCAAUGGUUGUGUGCCAAGUCAUUGACAAUAAUAAAGUACAUAUUUAACGUAGACCGCUCCGUCCUCAGUCUUUUAAAGGAAAGGUUUUUAUAUCGAGGAGGCUGUUGGUUUGUAUUCUCACAGCACUAGAAAAAAGGAAUUCCUCAAAAUCCAUUGUGAGACUAUCAACUUCAUAGGGUUCUUCACUAACAAUGUCGAGACAGACUAUAGACAGGCAAGAAGUGCAAUGUCUAACAGCGAGGUGCAGUGGAAACAACGUGGAGCUGAACACAAAGAAGAGAAAGGACAUGGUAGAGGAUUUUAGGAAGCAGGAGAUAAUCACAUUGCUGUCAAUAAAGGAGAUACUGAGGUGGAUCUGGUGGACUGUUUUAAUGACACGUUCAAAACAACCGGGACAACGGAAAAUCUACAACUUCAGUGCGAUGUGGACUUUUAUAAUUCCAGGCCAUAAAUAUCUCUCCCCACUGGGUACAGAUGUCAAUUCUACGUUGGUUCAAUGUAAUUUAAUUGAAAUGACUUUGAAACAACGUUGAUUCAACCAGUGUGUGCCCAGUGGGUCCCAACCAGAAAUGGUCAACCAACACAAACCUACUCUGUGGAGGUAUGAGACCGUCGGGUAGGCAGAGGUACAGGACCAUCCGGGUAAGUUUACUGGCUGGAGGAAGGACAGGAGCACCUUCACUACCACAUUCAACUAAAGCUUUUAUCUGACUGCUGUUAUUAGCAUUGAUGACUGUUGUGUUUUUAUUGUUGUUCUACUUAUAUUUUGUAUUUGUUCCAUUUAUGACUGUUUUACUGUAUACCUCUGUGUGCUAUGUAGGCCUACUGUAUGGGAGAGAGCUCCAACGAAGAAUUCCUAUGUAUUACUUGUAAUACUUGCAAAUGGAAAAUAUACUACUUGAAUAAACUUUUUUCAUAAACUCCUUGAAUAAAUGUAGAAUUUUUUGGAUUUGAGUUUGGAACUGUCAGAUAAUUUCUGUACCAGAGAAAUAUAACGAUAGUAUAAUGUAUAUAAUGAUAUUGUGUAUAUACGAUGAUAUUUAAGAAAAGGGAACGGAGGACACAGGGACAUGGUUGUGGUAGUUGUAUUAGUCUGCUGGUUUGACGAUGAAAAAGCGGGUUGCCUCCGACUAGAAUCUGUAGCGUUGACGAUCAAGAGACCUGGGCUGUGAGCGUGUCCCCGAUCCCCAAUUCCCGACCCCCGAAAAAUACAAAGUUAAUCAACUACAUUCAUUUACAUUAUAUUAGUGUGUAACGUAAUAUUCUUAUAAGAAAAUAAAACAUAUUGCAUCCAGAACUCUUGAACAAAAACAGCAGCAUUAUAAACCUCGGUAAGGGGAGGAGCAGUCAAUAUUCGGUUAAGGGGGAUGAGUCACCAUCUUCCCUAAAGUGAGUUCUUCCCUGAAGUGAGAUUUCUGUAUGUGCAUAAAAGAGCUGCCAACCGUCAAGAACAACAAAAUUCCCGGAAACCAAAUUGAGGACGUGAGCACUGCCAGAGAGAACUGUGUCGAUUAUGAAGGGGGGACGAGUCAUCACCUUUUUCCUGUUUGCACUUGUUGCUAAAUACUGUUUGUCUGAUCACAUAACAGUGAUGUUGAAUGACAGGAUCAUACUUCCCUUCUCUGGAUCAUGUCAUGGGGGUGUCAUGGAGUGGAGGCAUUGUCAGGGUGCUGCAGGGAGCUUCUGUAACAAGACAGUUGCUACAUUUGACGGAAAUAAUUUAAUCCCAGGAGAGGGUUAUGAGAACAGGGUUCAACUCCAGAAUGGAAACCUCUCUCUCACCAUCUCCUCAGCUGAGUACAAUGACAUGGGGUGGUAUGAGUGUGUCUGCAACAACAAGGUUUUACAGGAUGUAGAACUAGAAGUCUUGGUCCCCACUGAAAUAUCUUUCUUUGUUGGAGAUAAUGUCACACUUCCCUUCCAUGGCUUCACUGGAAAAUGGACAAAGGACAGUGAGAUAUAUAUCCAAUGUUUUAAAGAUGGACAUAUUGUGUUUACCAUCAGUGGAGGGUAUAUAACCUAUGGCUCUGGGUAUCAGGACAGGGUAUCUGUGUCCAUGGAUGGUUACCGAAAGGGAGAUAUUUCCUUCAUCCUCACCAACCUACGCCGUUCUGAUCAGGGGACAUACUGGUGCUUCUUUGGCCCUGACUACCAGAGAGGAUAUCCAGGAGCUGUCACUCUCACUGUCACUCCCAAAGAGAAGCACUGCGACGACACAGGAAGGCCAACAAUGGUGGUGGUGGUGGUGGUGGUUGUUUUGGUGAUCAUCCUAGCUGCUGUUGUUUUCUAUUUUCUUGGAGGUAGAUUGAAAGAAACAAUGCCUGCGUGGUUUAAAGGGAAUUGUUUGAGAUCUCAGUUCAGUCCCUGUCCAGAAGGUGAACAGGGUGGGGAGCAUCUCUCUGUCACCAUAAGUGAAAGUGAAUCAGAGACAGAAGAAGACAGGACUGGGACAAGGACAUGUUGUGUCCCCUUUGCACCUGCUUGUAUCAUCAGAGCUCUGUCAGAACCUCCCUUUACCACAGGCCUUGUUACCAAUGGUACUAAUGGACCUCCCUCUACCCCAGGCCUUGUUACCAAGGCUACUGAUGGACCUCCCUCUACCCCCAGCCUUGUUACCAAGGCUACUGAUGGACCUCCCUCUACCCCAGGCCUGGAUACCAAUGCUUGA